UCUAAUCAUAUUGAUUGGACGAGGCUGUACAUAUACAUUCCAUCAAAUAUUUCUUAAUACAUCAUCCUGCAUUGGUGUUAUGAGUUAAUUAUUUACAUGUUUUUAGUUUCUAUUUAUACGCACCAACAAACAAGUAAUUUGUCCCCUUAAAAAAGAAAAAAAGCACAUACACAUAGUAAAUUAAAACCACAAAUACAAAUUAGGAAAAAUUUUAAUAUAUAUAUAUUACUAGUUAAUUAUUAUUAAAUUUCAUCUUGUAUUAUAUAAUUAUACCUAUAUAAUUCUAGUAAAGGAUAAAUAAUUAGAAUUGUUAGUUGUCAACAAUAAAGUCUGCCAAAAAGGGUAAGAAACCAUUCAACAUGACCAGUUUUGAUAGUCAAGAGAUUACCGAGAAUUAUAAAAAAGCUAAUCAACAACAUUUAUUUAAGUAUUAUGAUACUUUAACUCCUCAACAACAACAAGAAUUCUUAACUCAGUUAUCUAAAAUUAAUGAUCCUGUGAAAUUAAUUACUACUGUUAAACAAGCCAUUGAAUUAUCUGGUCAAUAUAAUUCUAAUACUAGAAACUUUACUCAAUUACCUCAUGAACAAACUGCAUCUACAUCUGAAUUAACUUCUGAUCUUAAACAAACAUGGACUAAUUUAGGAUUAAAAGCUAUUGCUAAUCAACAAGUUGGUGUUAUUCUUAUGGCUGGAGGUCAAGGUACAAGAUUAGGAUCAAAUGCUCCAAAGGGUUGUUUCGAUAUUAAAUUACCUUCAGGAAAAUCAUUAUUUCAAAUUCAAGCUGAAAAGAUUCGUAAAAUUCAACAAUUAACUCAAGCAGAAUUCAAGUUACAAAAUGAACCUAAAUUAUUCUGGUAUAUCAUGACUUCAGAACCAACAAGAAAGCCAACAGAAGAAUUCUUUGCUUCUCAUAAUUAUUUUGGUUUGGAUCCAAAUCAAAUCAUGUUCUUUAAUCAAGGAACUUUACCAUGUUUCAAUCUAGAUGGAUCUCAAAUCCUUUUGGAAUCAAAGAAUAAGAUCACUGAAUCUCCUGAUGGAAAUGGUGGUUUAUAUAAAUCCAUUCAUAAUAAUGGUGUUCUUGAUGACUUAAUAGAAAAGGGAAUAAAACAUAUUCAUAUGUAUGGAGUUGAUAAUAUUCUUGUUAAAGCAGCAGAUCCUCUUUUCAUUGGGUUUGCUAUUGAUAAAGAAUUUGAUUUGGCUACUAAAGUAGUAAGAAAGAGAGAUGCCACUGAAAGUGUUGGAUUAAUUGUUCUCGAUGAUGACUCCAAAAGACCAUGUGUCAUAGAAUAUAGUGAAAUUUCAUCAGAAUUAGCCAAUAAAAAGGAUGAAAAGGAUCCAAACAAGUUAUUCCUUCGUGCAGCAAAUAUCGUCAAUCAUUAUUAUUCAGUUGAUUUCUUAAAAGAGAAGAUUCCAGAAUGGAUUGAUUCCACUAAAUAUCUUCCUUUCCAUAUUGCCAAAAAGAAGAUUGCUAAUCUUAACCCAAAGACUGAUGAAUUUGAAAAGCCAACUGUUCCAAAUGGUAUAAAGCUUGAACAAUUUAUUUUUGAUGUAUUUCCAUCAGUUGAAUUAACUAAAUUUGGAUGUUUGGAAGUUGAAAGAUUAGACGAAUUUUCUCCUUUGAAAAAUGCCGAUGGAGCUAAAAAUGAUACUCCAACUACUUGUAGAAAUCAUUAUAUGGGCUUAGGUUCAAGAUGGAUCCGUGAAAAUGGGGGGAUUAUUAAUGAUCCUAAUGCAUUAGUUGAAGUUAGUUCUUUAACUAGUUAUGCCGGGGAAGGUUUAGAAUUUGUUAAGGGUAAAGAAUUUAGUCAUGGUGAUAGCAUUUAAAAUAAUAUUAAACAAAAUAAUUUUACAGUAUAUUAUUUAUUAUUAUAACUUUUCUAGUUUUAAUAGCAUUUAUAUAAAUUUACAUAUAUGUGAUAUAAUUACAAAAGAAAACAUUUUAUUUUAAUAUAUAUAAAUCAAUUAAGCAAAC